UAAGGGCGGCAGCCGGGGCGGGGAGCGGCGGGCGGUGGCGAGCAGCCGGGCGGCCUCCCGCCGUGUCCGGGGCGGGCAGCGCCAUGCCGCCGCCCUGAGCGCGCCGCCGCGCCGGGCCCAGUGACUUUAUAACAUGCAAGACAUUGAUGCCAGGGGGAGCUCCCCUGCUUUCCUCCGGCCUCAGAAUGGGAGCGGUCACAGGUCUUCGGGGUAUGUCCCAGGGAGAAUUGCUCCUCUCCGCCCCCCGCCGCCUUCGCAGAGCCAUGCUGCAGCCGAAUUUACCUCUGCAAGACAAGAAGCCCGGACAAGACUCCCAUCCUUACCAGUGUAUCAGCAUCACCGCCAAGCAGAAGCCGCUAGGCAUAAAAAUACUCUCAUUUGCUUUGCCAUUUCUAGCCUUUCACUUUUUGUUGCACUGGGGAUAAUUUUGGGAAUAGCUUCAAAAUAUGCUCCAGAUGAGAAUUGUCCUGAUCAGAAUCCUCGUCUUAAAAACUGGAGCCCUGGAAAAGAUCCUGAAAAGAGAAUUGUUAUCAAAAAAGGGGAUUUGUUUCGUCUGAACUCAGAUGCUACAGUACACUCCAUAGUUAUACAGGAUGGAGGUUUACUUGUUUUCGGUGAUGAUAAAGAAGGUUCUAAAAAUAUUACCUUGAGAACUCGAUUUAUCCUGAUAAAGGAUGGUGGAAUGCUUCAUGUUGGAGCAGAGAAAUGCCGCUAUAAAUCCAAAGCAACUAUUAUUUUGUAUGGGAAGUCAAACGAAGGUGCUGAUGUGCCAGAAUUUGGCAAAAAAUUUAUUGGUGUGGGCCCUGAAGGUACACUGGAGUUGCAUGGGCACCAGAAGUUAUCAUGGACUCUUCUAUCAAAGACUAUUAAUUUCUCAGGGCUAGCCUAUUAUACAUUUAAAAAGAAUUUUUCCCGAGGACUAAAUGUGAGAGUGAUUGAUCAGGACACAGCAGAAAUUUUGGAAGCGCUGAAGUUUGAUACUCAUGAAUUUUCAGAAGACAGCUUGAAGCUCCAGAACUUACUGAAAAAUGGAAGUCUUGGUCGCAUUGUUGCUAUUGCUGUAGGAGAUUCAGCUGCUAAAAAUCUACUGGAGGAAACCAGAGUGACUAUUCAAAAUCUUCUGGGAAGUAAGUUUGUCAGAGGAUUGAGUUACAGGCAAGCCUGGGCUUUUGUUGGUGUCAUAGGUGGUGGAAAUUCUUCCUGUAAUGAAUCAGUGAGAAACUAUGAAAAUCACAGCACUGGUGGGAAAGCUCUUGCUCAGAAAGAGUUUUUCACAGUGGAAGGUCAGAAGUUUGUUGUGAGAGCUUACAGCGAAUGGAAUGAUGGUGUCCCGAUUUCAGGCUUCCAGGUGGAAGCUGUAGGUGGAGUGAUACUGAAUCUUCUGGAUGAUGUUAGUAGUUGGGAGCCUGGAGACCGGAUUGUGGUGGCAAGCACAGACUAUUCAAUGUAUCAAACAGAGGAAUUCACCCUCCUUCCCUGCCCAGAGUGUACCAAGCAUCAAGUCAAAGUCAAAGAAAAUCCUCAGUUUCCUCAUGUAGGAGAAGUUAUUGAUGGAGUGGACAUGAGGGCAGAAGUCGGAGUACUUACAAGGAACAUCCUAAUCAAGGGAGAGACAGAAAAUACCUGCUAUCAUGACAAGGAAUGUCAGUUCUUCAAUUAUGAUACAUUUGGUGGACAUAUUAAGAUUUUGAAGAAUUUUACAGCUGUUCAUCUCUCCUACGUGGAAUUGAAGCAAAUGGGUCAGCAGCAGAUUGGAAGUUACCCUGUUCACUUUCACCUUUGUGGGGAUGUGGAUGAAAAAGGAGGUUAUUUUUUUAAGACGUACUUGGAAGGUCUUUCCAUUCAUCACUGUUUUUCCAGAUGUGUGACUGUUCAUGCAACUAAUGGCUUGCUGAUAAAGGACACCAUUGGCUAUGACACACUAGGUCACUGUUUCUUCAUAGAAGAUGGCAUUGAGCAGAGGAAUACUUUGUUUCACAACCUUGGGCUAGUCACGAAACCAGGCACUCUUCUUCCUACAGAUAGAAACAGCAGCAUGUGUAUUGGUAUUAGGGAUAAAGUGUAUGGAAGUUACAUCCCAGUGCCAGCCACAGACUGCAUGGCAGUUUCGACAUUCUGGAUUUCUCAUCCCAACAAUCAUCUUAUAAAUAAUGCUGCAGCAGGUUCCCAGGAUGCUGGAAUAUGGUAUUUGUUCCACAAGGUUCCUACAGGAGAUUCUCAUAGUUUAGCCAUUGAAACCAAGUCAGAGCUUACACCCCUAGGAAUCUUCUAUAACAACAGGGUUCAUUCUAAUUUUAAGGCUGGUCUGUUCGUUGAUAAGGGUGUUAAAACAACUAAUGCUAGUGUUGAUGAUCCCAGAGAAUAUCUUUGUUUGGACAACAAAGCAAGGUUUCGACCUCAUCAAGAUGCAGACCCAGAAAAGCCUCGAGUUGCUGCGCUGAUCGACAGAUUAAUCGCUUUCAAAAACAAUGAUCAUGGGGCCUGGGUCAGGGGAGGGGAUAUCCUCAUUCAAAACUCUGGGUUUGCAGACAAUGGAAUAGGUUUGACGUUUGCUAGUGAUGGGAGCUUCCCAAAUGAUGAAGGUGCCAGCCAGGAGGUAUCUGAGUCACUGUUCAUAGGUGAGAGCAAGAAUUACGGGUUUCCAGGCGGCCAAAAUAAAUAUGCGGGAACUGGAGGAAUAGACAAGAAGGCACGAACCCUGCCUAGAAAUAGAACAUUUCCAAUCAGAGGCUUUCAAAUUUAUGAUGGACCUAUUCACCUUACCAAGUGCACCUUCAAAAACUUUGUGCCAACUCCAGACAGAUUUACCAGCGCAGUUGGAUUCUUGAUGAAAAAUCCAUGGCAGAUGACACCAAAAAACAACAUUUCUCUUGUUAAGUUUGGUCCAAAUGUUUCUUUGAAAGCCUUUUUUGGAAAACCUGGUCCCUGGUUUGAAGAAGGAGAUCUGGAUGGGGACAAGAACUCAAUAUUUCAUGAUCUAGAUGGUUCAGUGACUGGCUAUAAGGAUACCUAUGUGGGCAGAAUGGACAACUACUUGAUUCAACACCCCAAAUGCAUUAAUAUUACAGAAUGGAGUGGAGUGGUUUGCAGUGGAACCUAUGCACAGGUUUAUGUCCAAACCUGGAAUGGACAGAAUCUUUCCAUGACUAUCGUACGAGAUGAGUACCCAGCCAAUCCCAUGGUUCUUCGAGGUAUUAAUCAGAGAGCUGCCUUUCAACAGUACCAGCCAGUAGUGAUGCUCCAAAAGGGCUACACAAUACAUUGGAAUGGAAAAGCUCCAAACGUCUCCUAUCUUUAUCUCAUUAACUUCAACAAGAAUGACUGGAUUCGUGUUGGUCUUUGUUAUCAACCAAAUACAGAUUUUGUUAUAGUAUUGGAAACCUUUCAAAGGCGGUCAUCUGCUCUGUCAAGCAAGGUCGAGCAGUACAUGCCUGUAUCUUCAAUGAUGGAACUUGAAAAGAAUCGAUCAGACAAGAAGUUUUACUUUGACAACAGUACUGGAUUACUGUUUUUAUUUCUUCAAGCCAAAUAUAAUAGGGAUGGUCACAGUUAUUGCUCAUCUCAGGGAUGUGAAAGGAUCAAGAUUGUGACCAAAGAUUCAGCAAAAGGGAUCAGUAACUGCAUAGCAAAAGCUUACCCAAAGUACUACCAAGAACCAACUGUCACAAAGCGGAUGCCAGUAAAAACUACUGUACCAUGUACAAACUGCGGCACAACUCAGAUGGUAUUCACCAGCGAUCCUCACAGAAACUACCUCCUUGUGCAGAUUAAUUCAUCUGGUAAAAAAGAGUUAGGCGGAAGUCAGCAAGCAUUUAUUUCUGUCAAUGACACUAUGUUUUCCCUCAAGGACAAUGGUAUAAUUAUUGUUGUAGUUGAUGCCUGCAGUGGCACAGUGUCAGGAAGCAAGUUGUUUUCUGGAGUAGACAUUAAGCAUGUAGAUGAAUAUUUAAAAUCUGGAAUUCCGCAAAGGUCUAUCGUUCUACUGAGCACAAGAGGUGAGGUAGCAAUUCCUAGUAAUUUAUCAGAAGCCUUAAUGUCCCUGGGGACGGCUAAACCACCUUAUCUUCAGAGCAACGGAAAUCUGGCCUUUCUGGGCUUCAGAGGAAAAAUUAAGCCAUCCUGGAUUAAGCUGUUUACCAGUCCUGCUGGGCAUGGGCUCGUUCAGAUAGAAAAGUAUAUCCCUUUGCAACUGGAAGAGUAUGGCUGUGCCAGAGCAAUCAAAAGCCAACGGAAAGACCUCGAACUUCUGAAGAAGGCUACACGAUCUCAUUAAAGACUAAGAUAUGUACAUAAAAGUUGGGGGAGAAAAAAUGUGAACUAACUUAUUUUUUAAUUUAUGGCAUUUUAAACUAUAUUGUUAUCCAAGUAAAUCAUGUUGUCGUCUGACAGACGUUUGCCAGCAUUGACUGCUUGAAUGCCAAUCUGUGCACCUUCUAGUUGUACAAAAUAUUAAAGAAUUUAUUGGUAUUUGUAUAAACAGGUUUCAGAAUUUUUUUUCAGAUGUUUGUAUUUACUGUAAACAAGUUCUUUCUGUUUGAUACUCCUUUUGUAUGUGGGAAGGUGUUUAUAAAAGCCUUAAAUUUUUGAUAAUAAGUGCUGAAGUGCAUCUUGGAUUACUUGAAAGUUUAACAUUAAACUCUCCACAAACAGCUUGAAUAGGUCAUUGUAACUUAUGCAUUUUCACUCAGCUUUUUAGGCAUUUUUCUGAGGGUUUAUUUAGGAGUCAGCUCAGUUACAUUCUCAGUCUGCUUUCCAAGGUGUUAAAAACUGAUUUCCUGACUCAAGGGGUUUUAACUGCAGUAAAAUUUUUGCUUUGCCAUGUGAAAGAUGGAGAAGAGGGGGAUUCAGAGAUCCAGCCCAUGGCUGGGUUAGGUUUUGUGUAUCAUGAAACAGUUUAACAUGGCUAUGUGUACUGGCAUGUAAUGCAGAGACUAAAAUUACUACCCUUCUUUGGGAUCUGUCAUGGUAUCACUUACUGAAGGAAAAUAAAAAUCAGUAAAAGGAAAAUUGGCUUCAUCCUGGCUCAAACCAGGACAGGAUCACUGUUUACUAUUCACCCCAAAAUACACAGCUGCCUGGAAGAAUUACUUCAGUAAACCAUCUGGGUGUUAAGGCUGAAGUCUUUGGUACAUCUUGACUUCACAUUUUUCUUCUAAAGCUUUUAGCCUGAAUGGCAAAGCUAAGAUACUGUUAUUCUCAAUUUGUUAUGAAACUAAGCUUCUACUAAUGCAGUGAUUCUAUUUUAUUUUUUUUUAAGGCUAUCCCAGCUCUAACUUUUAAGUGAAUGGAAAGUGCUCUCAGUUCAUUCAGGCAUGUUUUAUCUUUUGCCUUACCUUUGAUUCCUUUAAUAUACUCAUGUUGAUAAUUCCUAAUGAUUCUGUAUUAGGUCAAAUUGAUUUAUUUUUAUUUUGUUGCAAUUAUUGGAUCCUUUCUGCAGAUAGUGUGAAAAUAAUGUAGUACAACUGAGGCACAGCUGCCCUUUUCCGGGAUCCUAGUCUUUGAAAUUAAAUUUCAGAGACUUUAAAGGUGUUUCAUAAUAGGGAACAAUAGGUGCUGUAGAGCUAAAAUGUAACCAUAGUUCUAAUAAAACUAAACAUAGUUCCUUCAUCUUGUGUAUGUUCUCAUUCAUUGUAGCUGAUAUAAUGUAACUACCAUACAGAGAUGCUUUUUGUUUUGAGUUCAAAAUGGAGUUACUGUUGGAAAUGGAACUAUAUGCCUGUCUUCUCCAAAUAAGUUGAUAAACUGUGGGGAUUUAUUUUUUUUUGUGUGCUUUAAAGGAGAGGAGGCACAGUAGCAGACCUAUUAUUCUGUUUAAUUAAAAUAUGCUACCUCAGUGCUACAAUUCAACUGCCUGGUCUAGUGUAGUUUCUUAAGUGAGAGGGGAAGAGAAAGGAGCACAACACAAGAGAUGAAGUUAACAAAUAGAUUACUGAUGUUAUUUUUAUUGUAAAACCAAGCCAAAUGGAUGAUUGUGUGUUUUGCAGUUUUGAUGCACAGUUUCUUGUAUUAUAAAACAAAACAAACAAAAAAAACCACCAACAAAAAAAACCCAGAAAACUUAGGGGGAAAUGUGGUAAAUCUUUAAGACUAGCUAUGUUUGGUGUUGCUAAUGCAGGGCAAUGUAAUUUAAGUGCUCUGAGUGCAGUAUAGUGGUAGUGUUUGGGGAUUAAAAUGGUUUUAAGACUUGUUUUGUGGUCCUGCUCAGCAGAGAAAUACUGAUGAAAUAGUGACCUUCAGGCUUGUCAAGUUGGCCAUUACUUAUGAGAUUCUGCUGUUCUAAGCCAUCUUUUAAAAAUUGUACUUGGAAGUGUCAAGAGUAUGCUGAUGUAGGGCUUAACUGAUGUACAAUUGGACCUGAAGUGAAAUUUUGUUUUUGUGUAAAUUUAAACACUUGAUAAAUUGCAUAAAUAAAUUUUUACAUCUGACAAGGCAAUAAAAUCUUGGUUGUCUUCUGUUCA